AUGCGCAGACAGCUGCCCAUGGCUUCAUGCAGCACCUGUCUCUACCGGGCUGUGAACAUCCAUGUGAAUGAGGACUUAUUCACAGAGCAAAAUAUUUGCAAGGCCAUGGAUGAGCAAAAUAGAACCAUCAUUACUAUCCACCUCUUAGGGCUUCAGACUCCACAGAGUUUAACAUUUUUGGUAUUCUUUGUAUUUCUUUUGAUUUAUUGUCUGACAAUAUGUGGAAACUUUCUAAUUAUCUCAAUGGUGUCCUACAGCAAAACCCUCCAUUCUCCCAUGUACUUCUACCUCUCCCAACUCGCUCUAUCAGAUAUCUUAUUAUCAACCGAUGUUCUUCCUAACAUGCUCAAUGCCAUUUUGGAAAAUACUACCAUAAUUUCCAUUUCUGAAUGUAUCACCCAGUUGUAUUUCUUUGGGGUCUCAAUCACUUUAGAGUGUCUCUUACUGACAGUGAUGUCUUACGACAGAUAUUUGGCCAUCUGUAAGCCGUUACAUUACAGUUUGUUAAUGAGCCAUCAGUUUUGCUGGAUCACGAUUAUCACGAGUUGGACUUUAAGAUUUUUAGCGGUAUUGACUUAUACUUCAGACAUCUCAAAAUUACAUUUUUGUGGUCCCAAUAUUAUUGACCAUUUCUUCUGUGAUCUUGACCCAAUCUUACAACUUUCUUGCUCUAGUACAUUUCUUGUUCAACUAUUAGUAACAUUGUCAACCAUAUUUUUUGCCAUCAUCCCAUUUUUUGUCAUCAUUGCAUCAUAUAUUUAUAUUGUUUUCACAAUUUUUAAAAUCCCAACUAUGAGUGGGAGACAGAAAGUUUUCUCAACAUGCAGUUCUCACCUGACUGUUGUGUCCAUCUUUUAUGGUACUUUACUUUUUGUGUAUUUGAUACCUAGUAGGGGGCAGUCAUGGAAUAUAACUAAAUUUGUGUCAUUAAUGUACACUGUGGUCACCCCUCUGAUGAAUCCAAUUAUAUACAGCCUGAGAAAUGCAGACUUGAAAAAAGUUGUAGGAAAAAUUAUCAACAAUGUUAUGAAGUUGCACUUCUGUAGUCAAUAA